AUGAAAGAAGAUAAAAUAAAUGUUAAAAUCGAUAGCGAAAUUAAAUAUAAUAGAAGACAUAUGGAAAAGGAAAAAACUUCAGAUAAUAAAGAUUGUAACUAUGAAUUAUUUAAAUAUAAAAGAAGUUUAUAUUUAAUCAGAAAAGCUAUAAAACUUAUAAAAAAUCAUUAUCAUAAUAAAAUAAAUAAAGUUGAUACUCUAAGAAUAAGACAAAGAAAAAAAUUAUUUUACUUGGAAAAAGGAAAUAUAAUUUUAGAAGAUAAAUGUAAUUUUUAUUCUGAACAUGUAGAAGAAUUAAAAAAUAUAUAUACUGAACAAUUAAACCUGAAAAAUGACAAAAUACAAAAUCUACAGGAUGAAAUAAAUAAAAUGAGGGGAAAUUACGAUGAUAAAUGUGAAUCUAACACUAUUAGAAUUUUAAAAUUACGUGAAGAUCAAAUUGAAAGAUUAUCUGAACAACUAAAUACAAUAAAUAAUUUAUAUCAUAAGCAAGUUGACAAUAAUAAAAAAUUAAUCAAGGAAAUAGAAGAUUUGAAUAAAAGCAUACUUUACCUUAAUAACAAAGUUCAAGAAGAAAAAAAUAAUACAGAAGAUAUAAAAAAGAAAUUUAAAUUUUAUAAAAGAUAUAACAGGAAUAGAAAAAAAUUUAAACUUAAUUUUGAAAUCAUUAAUCAACAUGAAGAAAAACAAAAAAUAAAAGAAAAUGAUGACAUAUGUCUAUCUAUUUUAUGCCUUCUCAAAACAGAAUUGGAAACAAUAGAUAGUGAAAAUAAAAAUGAAAAAACAAAAGAGCAGGAUCAAAAAAGAUUUAGAAUAAAGAAUCACAGUUUCUUUAAAAAAAUAUUAGAAUCAAAUUAUAAGUAUAAAAAGAGUAAUAUUUUUGAUCAUAUUUAUAAAAAACAAUUUUUCUCUUUUUACGAGGAAAAAUUCACAGAAAAUGAUAAAGUUAAAUUUCAAAAUAAAAAAAUUUUUUCUUUUCCUUUAAAUUAUAAAAAAAAACUGAACAAAUACAAUAAUAUACAUAAUUUAAAUAAAAGAAACGUCGAAAAAACUAAUGAUAAAAAUAAAGAAAUUUUGAACGAAGGUGAUAAAUGGAAAAACUUAUCAUUAAGUAAUAUUUAUUUUUACAAUAAUUUUAAUGAUAAUUUUGAUAAUAAUAGUGAGUAUUUUAAUAGAAAAAGAGAUAUAUUUGAUAAGAAUUGCGAAGAAGAAUAUGAUAAAAAUAAUUAUGAGUAUAAUGAUAAGUCCGAUGGUCAUUAUAUGUAUUAUGAUGAAUACGAUAAUAUGAAUAAUAACAAAAAUUAUAAUAAAAAGAAAAAUAAGAAAAAGAAUGAUUAUAAAAAGAGUAAUGAAUAUAAUAAUAAAACUAAUAUCAAUUAUAACAAUAUAAGUAGUAGUGAAUAUAGUUAUAUAACUGAUAAUAAAAUUAAUAAUGAUAAAAGUGAUAAUGAAUGUAUUAACGAUAAAAAUAAUGAGAACUAUAAUAUAAAUAAUAAGAAUAAUAAUGGACACAAUGAUAUAAAUGAUAAUAAAAUUAAUGAUGAUAAAAGUGAUAAUAAAUAUAUUAAUGAUAAAAAUAAUAACGAGAACGAUAAUAGAAAUAACAAGGAUAAUAAUGGACACAAUGAUUUAAAUGAUUAUAAAAUUAAUGAUGAUAAAAGUGAUAAUGAAUAUAUUAACGAUAAAAAUAAUAACGAGAACAAUAACAGAAAUAAUAAAAGUAUAAAUGAUAAGAGUAAUAAUAAAUAUAGUGAUAUAUUUAACAAUAAAAGUGCUGAUAAUAAAAGUAAUAUUAAAUACAUUAAUGAUAAAAAUGCCAAUGAGCAUAAUAACAAGAACGAUUAA